UAGCCGAGAAAUAGUUGGUUCAGGUUAUAGUGUCUCUCGUCUCGUCUCGUCUUGAAGCUUUUAACAACAAGAAGACAGUUCCCCCUAAGCGGCUUUCACCAAAUAGGGUUUAAGCUCAAUGGCGACGACGACGACCUUGAAUCGACUCCUGAAGCAGAAAUGUAGAUCAGUCUCUUCUGCUCUCUCGCAUCAAGUCCUUUUCAAUUUCACUCGCCACGACGCUCUCCCUUCGCAGCAAAUACCAGCUCUUCGAUCAACCACCCGCUCGUUCCUCGACUUCUAUCAGUUUGGGAACAAGAAAGCAAUCGAGGACGAACGUGCUAGACUUAAUGAUGAGAUGAAUCGGGGAUACUUUGCUGAUAUGAAAGAGUUCAAGGAACAUGGCGGUAAGAUAGCUGCUGCUAGUGAGACUUUGAUUCCUGCUGCGUCUGCCAUGAAGUUUCCGGUGUUAGCAGUGACUUUCUCUAAUGGAAAAAGCAUGAAGCUGCCUAUUACUUCCAACAGCAACGAGGUUGAUAAAGAGAGUUUGGCUGUUCCUAAGGUGACGUUGGUGUGUCUGUCUUUCCGAGCUAGCUCUCAGGAAAUGAUCAGCUCGUGGAGCAAACCAUUUAUUAAAUCGUUUGGCGACAGGAAAGAUCUUCAGUUGUUCGAGGUUUCGUUUAUAGACAAAUGGCUGCUGGGGUUAGCUCCCAUAAAGAAACUACUUCUCCGAGUCUUGCAAAAACCGAACAACAGCGAGAACAGUAUCCUCCAGAGGCAGGUUGUUUACUCAUUUGGGGACCAUUAUCACUUCAGAAAGCAAAUGAAAGUUCUGAACCUUCUCACCGGGUACAUUCUCCUACUCGACAAAUCCGGGAGAAUAAGAUGGCAAGGCUUUGGAACAGCAACUCCAGAGGAAGUAUCUCAACUUCUCUCUUGCACCUCACUUCUCUUGAAAGAUCAAUGAGAGAUCACUGCUUGAACCAGAGGAUGUCUCAAAAAGACAAUUGCUCCUUUACAGAAGGGCUUCCAGAAGAAAAUAAACUCUCUCUUAUUCCUUGUUCUGAUUGGAUUAGUGUUAUCGCCAUAUUCAAAGGCAACAGAGAAUCCUAUCUUCCAAUCUAUAUUGGUGUUCAAAGACUAAAAGAGAGCACUCUUCAGUUCUUUCUCUUUCAGAUACUUUUGUUGUAUUCAUUAUGAGAACACCACCUAAUGGCCAAAAACUUUGUCUUAUACAAUUAGAGUAAAAAGAAUAAAGACCAACAUUCUUCGUGGGAGUUA